CCCUUCUUUCAUUCCUUUCAAAGACUUUUAAUCUGGAAUAAUAACUAUGGAAAGAAUUAAAAUUAAAUUAAAAGCCAAUGUGGACCUACAGUCUGUAAAUAGUUAUCAAUGACCGCUAUUAAGUGCAUCUAGGGGCGUGUCCAGACGUGUUAACCACGCCCCUUUACCUCCCUCUCCUCGGACCGCCGGGUCAGCUGUGUUUUUAUCCUCUCUUGCUGCCUCUGAAAUCCACCUACCUCAACAACAUGUUACUUUAAACUUGAUCCGUGAACUUUCCACCAUGCUUAAGUCUGCUGUGUAGCCUGGUGAGCUUUUCUUUUGUUGUCAAGAGGAGUUCGAGUUCAGAGGAGCUACAGGUGCGAUCACACGAACAGGUGAGAAACUCAUGUACGCUGCUAAACCUGACAGUGUGUUUCUGAUUUACUCACGGAUUAGUCAUUUCAAGGCUGCACAUUAAUGCUCGAUUGUUCUGUGUGUGUCCUAACGCACUGUGAUGUGUGUUUUGAGCUUUUUAAAAUCGUUUUUUAAGGGUAAAACCGUUUCAGAUUUGUUUAUAACUUCACUAAAAGUCUGAGAUUUGUCUAAAACUUGGUCUGAAACUCUCAUUUGAAGUCUCAUUACUCGGUGCAGGUAUUCAGGCUGCACCCAGCAGCUGUUUUCAUCUACAGUCUUUCUUGUUGUGUCGACUCCCAGGAGCUCUUUUUCCUUGGUGACAGCCUUAAGAUUAUGUGUGUCAUAUAUGUGUGAAAAAAAGGAGGGAGGAGAAAGAGAGAGAGAGAGGGAGAGAGAGGGGAUGAAUACAGGUGUUGACUACAGGUUUGACAGCAUACCUGCUUAAGACUAAAUGGAAAAGAAUGUCUGCUGUUGUUAGAGUGCGUGCCUUUCUGCUGUGUGUGUGUUUGUCUGCUUUAUGACUGUUUUAAUGUUUUAUUAUGUUGAUUGAUUCUUAAAGGGAUAUUCCGGCGUACAAUUAAGUUAGGGUCAAUCACAUCCUAACACCAAGUUAGACACACCCUCGAGAGAUGAAUGUUGCCAACUGCUUGCUUCUCUAGUUUCACAACUUUAGUAACGACCGCAGUUAGCAAUACAGAGAGCCAUGCGCUCAACCAAAACACCACUUUAUAGCCACAAAUAAUGCUCAGAACUUCAUCAACAGGACAUAUAGGGUCACAGCCAUAGUACUAGACACCAAACAUCUUUUUAACUUUGACUCAUUUCUUUAGCAAAGAGACUAAACACAACUCACCUACUCUCUUCCAGCAGCUGCUUGUUUGUAGUGAGACCUCAGGCCAGUCCAUUACAGACUACAGCGGGGUGACACAGCUCAAGGAAGAACAUUUAUGAUCAUUUCCUUGAAGUCAUAAUCAUCAUAUUAAUCAUUUUGCACUGCAGACGUGGUAGUUCUUCUGCCUUAGCAUCUCGGUCUGAUUGCAUUUCCAUGAAGAAAUGAUCAUAAAUGUUCUUCCUUGAGCUGCGAAACCCCGCAGCAGUCGAUGGACUUGCCCAGAGGUCUCGUUACAAACAAGAGGCUGUUGGAAGAGAGAUGGUGUUAAGUUAUGAAGAUGUUUGGUGUCUAGAACUAUGUCUGUGACCCUAUAUGUCCUGUUGAUGAAGUUAGGUGCUGUUCUGAGCAUUAUUUGUGGCUAUAGAGUGGCGUUUUGGUUGAGCGUGUGGCUCUCUGUAUUUCUAUAAGCGGUCAAAUAAAGUUGGUAUGACUAGAGAAGCAAGCGGUCGGCAACAUUCAUCUCUUAAGGGGGUGUCUAACUCUGUGUUACGGUGUGUUUGACCCUAAAUUAAUUUUACACCAGAAUAUCCCUUUAAGUGUCUGCAGGUGAAAGACCUUAGUUGAAGUAUUUCACUCUCUCAGUUCUCCUAGAACUAUAACCACACAGAUUGAUGUCUCUUUUUGUCUCUUGCAGUCCUCCUCCCUCUGUUUGAUAUGUUGGGUGACAUCCUGCAGCAGCUCAGUACUUUGACCCUGAGCAUCAAACACAGCUGCCGCCUGCCCCGCCUUUCCGGCUUUCUACCGUCCUCCCUUCCAUCGCCCAGCCCGACCGUCGCGGCCUCUCAGGUCCCCGGCCUCUUCAGAGAGCCCUACAUUCUGUCAGGAUACCGUCCGGUCCACCAGGACUGGCGCUGCUACUUCCUCAGCCUCUUCCAGAGACACAAUGAAUCCCUGAACGUUUGGACUCACUUGUUGGCAGCUCCUGUUCUGCUGAUCCGCUGGUGGGCCAACGUAGGAUCCCUGGGGUACUCCUUCGACGCAGCCUCUCUACCGCUCAGUGUCUUUCUGGCGUCUUCCUUCACUUAUCUGUUCUUCAGCGUGGCAGCUCAUCUUCUGCAGUCUCACUCCGAACAUGCACACUAUCUUUUCUUCUUUUUGGACUAUGUGGGUGUGGCCGUUUAUCAGUAUGGCUGCUCGCUAGGUCAUUAUUUCUACACGUCAGAGUCGGCGUGGAGAGACAGCUUCGUCGGAGCGUUAUUCCUCCCUGGAGCGCUGUUCUUCGGGUGGUUCUCCUGUGCGGGCUGCUGUUUUGCUAAGUACAGGUACAGGCGGCCUUAUCCUUUAGGACGUAAAAUCUGUCAGGUGAUUCCUACCGCCCUGGCGUAUCUGCUGGACAUCAGCCCCGUCGUCCACCGCCUGGUCACCGCCUCCUGGACGCAGGAGCCCUCGCUGCCCUUCCACGCCCUUCAGAUCGCCUCUUUCCUGCUGUCAGCUCUCUUUUUCUCCUGUCCCAUCCCUGAGCGAUUCUUCCCGGGCCGCUGUGACUUUGUGGGUCAGGGUCACCAGAUCUUCCAUCUGUUCCUGUCGCUGUGCACCGUGUUCCAGCUCGAGGCUCUGUUCCAGGACUACGCCAGGCGGAGAGACGGAGUGGUGGAGGUGUUCGGAGAGAGGCAGCUGUGGUUGGCUUGUGUGUCUAUCCUCGCCCUGUUUCUGUGCUGCAUCCUGACCGCCUUCAUCACAAUGAAGCACAUGAACAAGAAACUGCAAGAGAGAGACAAGUGACGAGUUUUCAAGUGUGUAAAAGACAGGGAGAGGGUUCGGGGAUUGGGUAAUCAUUAUAAAACAUGUUAAUGUAAAAAUCAGGAGCACUUAAAUGAUGAUUACUUUAACAUUAAACUGUAUAAGAGUUUUUUUGUGUCGGUUGUCUUAUAUUCUUACAGACCAGCUGAGUGGAUUUAAAGUAAACUAACUAUAGGUGCAGGAAGUUUAGAGGAACUCUGUGGGAACUAGGGUCUGAAUUUAUGCUGCGUUCAGUUACCUCGGAAGUCAGAUAUCGUAGCUGUAAAUAAUGUCAUACCCGAGUUCCCAGCGUUUCAGUUACCAAGUCGGAAAAAAGCAAAAUCGGAGGUGGAAACAAGAUGGCUACAAACAUGAAAGAUAUUUUAGCGCUUGCCUUAUAGCGCAAACAUUUCAUAGACUUGGUAAAUGAAACACUGGGAACUUGGGUCUGACUUACCCGGGAUUUCCACAGCAUCUGGAAUGGCUCAGAUCCUGUAUGACAGCAAUUUUCGCUGUAUGCCACUUCCUCUCAGACCUGUUUGUGAGAUGAAUAUCGUGGCGGAUUACGGACAGCAGGAAUCGCAAGAACUCACAAGAACGAGUUGUCUCUAGCUACAUAGGCUAACCGUAUAAGCAGUAGAUUGUGUCCUUCCAGAGGAGGAAAUCUACUUCUAGAAUCAGCAUCUCCUCAUCCAUGGUGUCAUCAGGGUGAAAUGAUGUCUAAAAACCUUUCACUUGUUCGUCUCCGCCUGUUUGCAUGGUGUGAAAUACGAUCCAAGUGUUUUAUUUUGAAAAGAAGCCGGAUGUUUUAUUUUGUGUCUGUGUCCGACUUCCUUUCCAGCACAGGUUAAUCUGUGCUGAAUUUAUCUGGCAUGCUCUGGUGUCCAGAAAAAAUAGAACUCUUGCGAUCAGCUGCAGAGUCCAACAAUCCGCAGUGGAACGGAAAGAAGUCGGUGGAAAUAGACAAAUUAACUUGAAUGGUUACGAUCGGCGGAUAUGGCCUUUUCGGACGUGGUAGAAAUUGGGGGUUAUGAGGUAACUGGAACGCAGCAUUAGUUCUUUAGUUUUUGGGACUUUGGGAGGCGGGGCCUAAUGAUGUAAAUUACAUCAAAAUAACAGGUUGCUGAUUUACAUAGAAACUGUUGGUUGCACAGACACUCACACACAUUAAUUUUCCAUGCACAGUCCCUGGAACUAAAAGUCCAGGGUGCAUUGGGUGCUAACGAAGAGUCCCGGGUGACUAAAUGUAAGUCAGUGUCGUGUUUGCAGAGAGCAUUUUAAAGCUCUUAUUUCCUUACAGUAAUAAAGCGAGUGUGUGUUUAAGAUUUUUCCUUUUGUGCAAACCUGCUUCUCAAGCUUUGACAUUCCAGUUCACCACAGAGACGUCUGAGACCAGGAGCAGAGUUGUAAGAGAGUAAAUCCGGGACCUUUAGUCUUCAAAUAUGAUGAAGUAAAUAAUCUAGAAAAUAAAGAAGACAAGUAAAAUCCUGCAGGAUGACUUUUAAAAUAGGCGCUUUUUUGCUCAUAUCCAACCCAAGAAGCUGUUUUUAUAUAUUUUUGCUGAAUUCCAUGUAAAAAUAUGCUGAUGCAUGCAUAUUUUAAUUCUGCAGAAUCACAGUAAUUUAAGUAAAUAUGCUGUGUAAGUGCAUUUAAACAGGGGGUUAUAUGCUUGAUGCAACUUUGAAGCCACUUCUUCUCUUCUUCACGUAUGCUAAUCUGUCAGCUGGGUCAUUUGUGCACGCUUCUACUGUUGGGAAUGUGCAGCUGACACAUUCAGCCGGCACCUGUGUGAUAGUGUAACUGUUUGAGUUGAGCUCAGCCUCCAAUCAAAUUCAGGCGCCACCAGAAACUCUGGUUUUUCACGUUGUUUUCCUCCCUCAUUGUGUCUUAACCUUUCGCUCCACAGCUGAUAGAUGCAACUCCGUAAAUGCAUCUUCAGGUUUACGCACAAAUAACAGAAACAAGAGCAACAGACAUUAGUCAGGUUACAGAUUUUUCAAUUUGCCCAGGAUUGAGAUAUUUGUUGGUCCAAUCUGAGCAAAUAUGCUUUCAGGAGGAUGCUCCAAACAUUUGAAAUUGUCCAUUAUUCCUGUCCGCUUCCUUCCCCUCGCAGUGAAAGAGUUAGUAUUGAUUUCUCUUUGUGCGAUUGAGUGAAUCUGAUAUGGAUCCCACAGAGGAAGUAAAUGAACAUUUUUGGUGUAAUUAGAUUGCCCGUCCUGAAAAGCCAAAGAAGAUUACCGAGACGUAUCGAGGCUGUUGAGAGAAAAAUGGUCGUGGGUGCUGUGUGGUUGUGUGGAUGUUAUCACUAACAAAGAGGUGUGUGUGUGUGUGUCAGUAUGCCUUUAAACUAAAGGGGGGUAGAGGGUGUUGGGUGGAGCUAGACGCACACUAUCCUGAUCACUGAUCUGCAAUGAGUGCAGAGGAAGUUUACCUACCUGCACGUGACAGAUUCACGCUCGCUGAGAUGAUGUAAAAACAGUUUCAUGAGAAUUUAAAGAGUUGCAUCAUUUUAGGAGAUGUUCAUAUUCACCUAAGGAAUAAACAUCACAUCUGUCUGCUAUGAUGAAAAGUGAAAGAAGAAAUAUCAGAUCAGAUUUCCUGCUUUCAUCGUUUAUCUUAAAUCACGGUCUGAAAUGUUCCCAGAGCUCAAACUUCACAUCUUAAGCAUUUUAAUCCAAUUAUGUCGCUCCGAGUCUUUCUCUGGGUCAGAACAAUGAUCCUUUUUUUCUCCCCUCUUUUAAUGCCGCCCGUGUGAGAAUGAUUUACAGUCAAUCCAAAUUCUGACCAGUGAUCCAGAAGUAGGUUACUGGAUCACUUGAAAAAUGCCAACAAACCUGCAACAAGAUCGAAACGGAGCAGAAUACAGAGAGUGUGAAGGUCGAUUAUCGUCUCUUUAGAGGUAGAGGACUGAAUUUUGGUGUUAAAGAGAACGGCACGAUUACUGUAAUGCAGUGCAGAGAUUUGAGAACAAAAUGUCUUUUGGCUUUCAAUGAGGCACCACGUUUCUGC